AUGUUCAGAACACUGCCUGACACGGCUGAAGGCUGCAAACAGAUGAAUGCUAUUUGUCAAGCGUCACCAGGAAAAACUGCUUUUAUGGAGUUCAACAAUGCCAUCGGUGGUCCGACGAUCGCAGAGACCGUCACUUCUCUAUUGACCUGUCGCGAUGACAUGAAAUGGUACUUCACUUUCAUGGGAAACUCGUUGUAA